AUGUCAAUCUCAUAUAAAAAAGCAGAUCAACCCAUUACGGUGAAGUGGAGUGCAUCUCAUUUGUUAAAUAAUCUCGCUAUAUUUCGUCCUUCUGAACCGCGUCAAUCAAAAAUGUUCGGUAUAUCACAUAAAAGUGGUUUUGCUAUGGCGACUGUUUCUCAAGAUGGCACUAAACAAAUUCAAGGGCAAGUGAUAUGUCGAGCUAUGAGUAACAAUAAUACUCCAGCACCAGAAAAUGACGCUCGAUAUAUUGCUCAUAUUGUUCAAGCUGCAUAUGUUAAUUUAGCCGUGCGGAAUCUACUUGUUCUAGCUUGUACGAAAAGUAUUCAGAUUUAUGAACCAGAUGGAACAACACUUCUUCAUAUUCAUAUGAUUGAUAAAACUCCUCCUAGCCGAACAGAAUCCUCUAUUUAUUCCCGAGGUAUUGCUGGCGUUGGUCCAAAUCUUCUUUGUGUUGGCAAUAUCCCUCAAAAAGGCUCAAAUAUAUUUUUGCGAGAAACUACUCCAGCUCAUCAACAUGGUAUAUCCGGUUUAGUAUCAAAUGGCACGCUGCUAAUUUCGAGUGAUACUACUGGCGCUAUCUUAAUCUGGAAUAAUCGUACCCUAUUACAAACAAAUGCUAUUGAACCCAUGGAUGAUAGUGGUAUAACAUCAUUAUCACUAUGGAAAAAUUGUAUUGCAGCAAGCUAUGCCAAUGGAAUGAUUCGAUUUUUUGAUGCAGAAAGUGGUCAAGUUGCUGGUACUAUUGCUGCCCAUUCGCGAUGCAUUAAUGCCAUUGAUUGUAAUGAAGAAGGAUUAGUAGCAUCUGUUAGUGAUGAUUGUUAUGUGCGAAUUUGGCAAUUAUCAGGCGAUGCAGAAAAUUUACAGAUUUCACACGAAUGCAAUCAUCACAUUGAAAAUAGUCAGCUGGUUGGAGUGAAAUUUUUACACAUGUCGCGUUCUGAUAUUGCUGUAUCGAUAUACGAUUCAACUGAAAUUAUCGUUCUUCGUGUUUGA